UAAAGAGUUAAAAAAGAGAGAGAGAGAGAGAGAGCGUGGCUGCUAUCAUUUCUCUUCUCAGAGCCUUGUUGAAAGCCUUGGGAUUGAAGGCAGGGAUUUAAUCAUAACAUAGAGGAAGUAUAAUCAUGUUCCGGUAAUUGCAGAGCAGAGAGUGCAAAAAAGCAUCUAGCCAGAAGAGAGAGAGAGAGAGAGAGAGAGAGGGAGAAGAGAUGACACAAGUUUUCAGUCUUCUAUUGAGAAGCCGCAAAGAAAAGUGAGCCUGAAAAGAAAUAAAUAAUUAAGUUCUGAGACAAGUAUGGAGAAAAAUUAUUCAAUUAAGCUCUCUUUCUCUUUCUUUCUUUUGAAGGCUGCUUUCAAGAUAUAUAGAAACUUGAAAGAGUAAAGAAGAAAACUCAACAAAAGUACCUUGCUAGCUAAAAGCAAGAAGGUUUGUGGGAGUCACCUGAACUGUUUCUUUAAAUAUAGUGAGAGAUUCCAACAGCAAGCCGGGUUUAGUAAAAUUUUAAUUCCUCAUCUUGGGAUUUUCAAGCCUUUUUUGUUAAAAAAUUAUCAUUAUGGAGUCUGCGAAUAUCCAUCAUCAGCUUCAAGACCCGCUUGCUGGUUCUUCUUUACCUACCCAAUCUUGCUACGGGGUUUCAAGCUCUCAUGCUUGGACCCCUACGCAAAACCCGAAUGCCACUUUGAAUGCUGGUACCUUCAAUCCAAAUUACAACGGAUUCAUCUUAAAUUCAAGGCAGAAUCAGGCUUCCAUGAUCCAAGAAUCAGGCUUCCAAUGGACGAAUAAUGCAGGCCAGUCAGCUCAUGAUGAUACAUACUUUUCAAAAAUUAAGGAAGAGCUGGCAGAAUCGUUCCCAAGAUUUACAGAUGUAUUAAACAGCCCUUCAAGUAUUGAAGAUUCUCAAGAACUACCCCCUAGCUGCUUGAAAAAUGGGCAAAAGGGUUUGAAUUAUUUAUCUUCUGAAGAGUUUUAUUCUAAUUCGCAGAACGUUUCUAGUUUUGGAAAUGCUCUAUCUAGUAGAGGGAACUUCAGCCAGAUUUAUCCGAGCAUAAAUAUUUCCAACUUGAACCAGUCAUCUUCAGCAACUUCAAGCUCCUUUGAAAUGAACUUGCAGGCCUUGGAUCUACUAGCAACCUCUUCAAGAUUCUGCGGAAAUUUCAGUCAGACUCCACAUUAUUAUAAUAACAACAAUGAUCUAGGUACAUACAGAGAGAGCCCUCCUUUUGGCCGCCUAGAUGAUCAUAUGCAGCAAUCAAGGCGCAGGCCAUCUUCUAGUCCUACUAAACUGUCAUCCUUCACCAAAGACAUAAGAGAGGCAAAGAGAUCCAGUAGUACUGGUUCAAUAGGGCCAAAGGCAACACAAUCAGCACCAAAGAAGCCACGACUGGAAUCACGAACCUCCUGUCCACCUUUUAAGGUUAGGAAAGAGAAACUAGGAGAUAGAAUUGCAGCUCUUCAGCAGCUGGUUGCACCCUUUGGCAAGACAGAUACUGCAUCCGUGUUAAUGGAGGCUAUUGGUUACAUAAAAUUCCUUCAAAACCAGGUCGAGACACUAAGCGCUCCUUACAUGAAAUCAUCACGCAACAAGACCUGCAGAACAACGCAAGGGGGCUCAAAGGUGGAGGAUGUGAAUAAAGAACCUAAUCGAGGUCUAAGAAGCCAAGGGUUGUGUCUUGUGCCAUUGCCAUGCAUGUCUUAUGUAAUAAACAUCGACGGGGAUGGUGGUGGAGGCGGCAUCUGGCCACCAUUGCCUAACUUUGGUGAAUGAACUUGAUCAAUCUGUAACUGUUUAUGUAGUAUUAAAAUCAAAUAUGUUUACAUGGGGCAAACAUAUACUUUGAGUUUGACCCCUAGCUGAGUAGUUGAUUGAGAACAUAAAUAUUUUAAUUUUUGUGGAGCAAAUUUGGUCAUUCUAUCAACAUAAGGCUCGGGAUGGACCAAGUUUGAUCCAUCAAACAAUUCAUGGUCUAUUAAUUAUAUGAAUUUUAAUUUACAAUAAUAUUUAAUUAUAUAAUAAUAUAUUUUUUAAA